AUUUCGAUCAGCAGUAACUAUAGGACUUCAACUAAUAAGGAGAUAGGUUAUAGUUAGCUAGCUAUAACUACACAUUCAAGACAGCUAACGUUAGUGAUAAACGUUUUCGUUUCAUGCAGUGACAACCUUUAAUGUUAGCUGCUUGACAUAACAUGUAGACGAAUUGGAAAGCUCUUAAGUAAAAUGAUGAGUUACUCGUUGUGGUAAAUUGAGGAGAGGUUCACGAGCAUGGAGAAUGGCAGGGCCCAAUUUCCAUUUCCCUACCAACCCUAUAACAUCCAGGAGCAGUUUAUGCAAGCCUUGUACAGCACACUCGACCAGGGCAAAGUUGGAAUCUUUGAAAGUCCUACUGGAACGGGUAAGUCUCUGAGUCUGAUUUGUGGAGCGCUGAGCUGGCUCACAGACUAUGAGGAGAAUAGGAGACAGGAGGCAGCUGCUCUGCUGCAUGAUGGAGAAGCAGCUCUUUCCACUUCUACUGCUCAGUCCUCCACCAGCAGCUCCUCAGCAGAGCCUGACUGGAUCACUGAUUUUGUUCAAAAAAAGGCAGAACGUGAUUUAGUGUCAAAGUUAAAGGAGGAGGAAUCAAAAAGAAAGAAGAGGGAAGAACGAUUAGAAAUGAUCAGAAACAACGUUCAACUAAAGUAUGCAAUGAAAAGAAAAAGCUGUGAAGAUGAAGAGGCAUUCAAAUUACUCCAGCUCAGUAAAGAGGAACAAACUGAGGCACAAGGAGAUCAAGAGGAUGAGGAGCUUAUCAUCGCAGAAUAUGAGAGCGAUGACGAGUCAAAGACCAGGAGCAGAUAUUGUGGUGCUGAAGAUGACUCAGACGACGACCUGGUUGAAGAACAUGUUACUAAGAUUUACUACUGCAGUCGCACUCACUCCCAGCUAGCCCAAUUUGUCCAUGAGGUUCAAAAGAGUCCCUUCAGCAAGGACAUCAGUCUGGUCACCCUUGGCUCACGGCAGAAUCUGUGUGUCAACGAGGAGGUGCGUCGCUUGGGCAGCAUCCAGCGCAUUAACGACCGCUGCAUUGAGAUGCAGAAAAACAAACAUGAAAAGCCUCAUCAUGAAGAGGGUGUCAAACGUAAGCGAGGCCAAGCAAAGAGUGUGUGUCCCUAUUAUAAAGCUUCAGCCCUGCAGCAGAUGAGGGACGACGUUCUGGGGACAGUCCACGAUAUAGAACAGAUGCUGAAGCUGGGCAGAGAGACACAUUCAUGUCCUUACUACGCCACACGCCUCGCUGUUCCCCCUGCACAGUUGGUGGUGUUGCCCUAUCAGAUGUUGCUUCAUGAAGCUACAAGGAAAGCAGCAGGGGUCCAGCUGAAGGGGCAGGUGGUGAUCAUAGAUGAAGCUCACAAUCUUAGUGACACACUUUCCUGUAUACACAGUGCAGAGCUCAGUGGAGCUCAGCUUUGCCGGGUCCACUCGCAGCUCACCCAGUAUGCUGACCGCUACAAGAGCAGACUGAAGGCAAAGAACCUGAUGUACAUCAAACAGAUUCUGUUUGUGAUUGAGGGGCUUGUCCGGGUGCUGGGAGGAAAGGUGGGGCAGAAUCCACAGAGCCAGACUACACAAACAGGAACUGAAAUGCUCUCCAUCAACAACUUCCUCUUCAAGGCUCAGAUCGACAAUAUCAACUUGUUUAAGUUGCAGAGAUACUUUGAGAAGAGCCUGAUCAGCAGAAAACUGGGUGGCUUCGUGGAGAAGUACGCAGGAUUAGGUGUGAGUCUGCACACUCCGAGCAGCUCCAAUAAGGAGAACCGACGCACUGAGGGCUUAAACCGCUACCUUCAAACGCUGCAGAGCAACCAGAGCACUUUGCCAGUUUCUUCAGCAGACCAGCAGGGGUCAGAGGCAGAGAAAGUGCUGUCUGCAUCUCCCAUGAUGCAGGUGGAAGGUUUUUUCAUGGCUCUCACCAACAGCAACUCUGACGGCAGAGUGGUUGUGCACAGACAAGGUACUUUGUCGGAGAGCAGUGUCAAGUUCCUGCUGUUGAAUCCAGCGGUGCACUUUGCCCAGGUGCUGAAGCAGUGCAGAGCAGUCAUCAUCGCAGGAGGAACCAUGCAGCCUGUUUCAGACUUCAAACAAGAGCUGCUGUUUUCUGCCGGAGUGGGAGAGGAGCGCAUCACUGAGUUUUCCUGUGGUCAUGUUAUUCCUCCCGAGAACAUUCUUCCCCUCGUCUUGUGCAGCGGUCCAUCCGGUCAGGAGCUGGAUUUUACUUUCCAAAACAGAGACUCUCCACGCAUGAUGGAUGAGACAGGGCGCAUUCUCUCCAACAUUUGUAACGUGGUCCCAGGCGGGGUUGUGUGCUUCUUCCCUUCGUAUGAGUACUCGAGGCGGAUUGUUUCUCACUGGGAGGCCAGCGGUGCGCUGACUCGUCUGGCUAACAAAAAGAAGAUCUUCCAGGAGCCAAAGAAAGCCAACCAGGUUGAGCAGGUGCUGAGCGAGUUCUCCCGCUGUAUCCAGAGGUGUGCUGUGGACGCCGGCGGGCUCUCAGGAGCGUUGCUGUUCUCUGUGGUCGGAGGAAAGAUGAGUGAGGGCAUCAAUUUCUCCGAUGACCUGGGCAGGUGUGUGGUGAUGGUGGGAAUGCCAUAUCCCAACAUCAAAUCGCCAGAGCUGCAGGAAAAGAUGUCCUAUCUGGACAAACACCUGAUUCACAGUGGAGGGAGGAGCCCUGGCCAAGCACUAAUAGAAAACCUCUGCAUGAAGGCUGUCAAUCAAUCCAUAGGAAGAGCUAUCCGUCACCGUGGCGACUAUUCCUCCAUUGUGCUGUGUGACAGACGUUACUCUCGACCUGCUACGCUCUCUAAACUUCCCGCGUGGAUCAAAGAUCGCACCAGCACACACACAACUUUUGGCCCUGCUUUUGCUGCCUUACGGAAGUUCUUCCUGGAGAAGAAGCAGAAGCAGGUGUAGUGUCACUUGCACUGGGCUCAACGGACAUUUCCCACGACAGAGGUUAGGAAGAACUUCGGGGAAACCCAGUGCAACAGCGGCCACUGUGAAAGUGUAAUGUGUUCUAAUGACAAAAUAUUACUGAAAAUCAUUUAGAAUGCCUCUGUAAUACGUUCCUUAUCACAAGAAUGCCGCAGCCCUUUAUAUGCUGCUUUGUGUUUACAUUUUGAAGCCAUCAAACCUCUGACUGCUCCUGACUGGAGUUCAACAGUCAACCAGGGAGCCAGUUUUUCUUUUUUCUGUACGUCAUUUUACAUUUCAACUUUCAUAUCUUGCCUAUUUCUUGUGUUCUGUUUUGGCUUGCAAAUCCCUAUGGUUUAGAGAAGCGAAGAUGAAUUAGAGAAUAAUGAAUACAAGUAUACGAUGGCACACUGCAGACAAAGGCCAAAGGGGCAUUUAUCAGAUUGACUUAGAUGUAUCAGUCCUGCAAUGUGUUAUAGAUUUUUAAAUUCAGUAUGUUGAGAUGAAUUACAGAAGCAGAUACUACGCAGAUAUCAGACACAGCACCAUCUUAAGGAAUUCAUGUGACUGAUUUACCCUUGAAGAAGAUAUUAAAUAUUUAAAGCAUUCAAUGUUAUGUAAUUCAAAAAUUACUUUUAUUUAAUGGAAAGUGGUUAGUGAAAUGGUUCCACGAUUGUUAAGUGUUCUAAUAAUAUGAAAAUGUUUUACAAUGAAUAUGAUUAUCAAUAAAUUGUUUUAUUAUUGGA